AUGCUUCAUAGCUCCAGUCUCAAACUUAACCCCGUUCAUGCUGAAGAAGAGGCGGUCUGUUGGAUGGAGAAAGAAGCUCUCGUGAAAGAGAUGGAGGAUGAGGCUGUUACCGUGAAUGAAGAGAAUGACGUCUCAGUUAAAGAAGAGGGAGACUCGUUCAGAGUUAAUAAAGAGGAGGACGACGACGACGUUUCAGUGAACGAAGAGGAGGGGGAGGUGACUGUCACAUCGGAAAAUGAAGAAGAGGAGGAAACUGGAUAUCUGGGCCCGGUUUCCCAAGCGCAUCUUAAGGCGUCCGAUGGUUCUAACGAUGAACGGGCCCUGAUUAACACUAGAGAGGGAAGUGACUAUCCUGGAUCCUCUGGGGAGCCUCAACAACCUCAUGAUGCUGAUGACGCAGAGAAGAGUCUCUCCAGAUCAAAACACCCCAAGAAACACCAGCAGCGACCCACAGGGAAGAGAACUCACUGCUGCUCUGACUGUGGGAAGAGUUUUGUUUCUUCAGGACAUUUAAAAGCACACCAGAGAAUACACACGGGAGAGAAACCUUAUAGCUGUGCUCAAUGUGGGAAGAGUUUUACGAUGUCUAGCAAGCUGACUCGACACUAUAGAACACACACAGGAGAGAAACCAUAUAGCUGUGAUGAAUGUGGAAAGAGUUUUGUCACAUCUAGCAGUCUGAUUAUCCACCGGAGAGCACACACAGGAGAGAAACCUUUUAUCUGUACUCAAUGUGGGAAGAGUUUUACGAUGUCUAGCAAGCAUCUGAUUAUACACCGGAGAGCACACACAGGAGAGAAACCUUUUAUCUGUACUCAAUGUGGGAAGAGUUUUACUCAGUCAACCAGCCUGAUAUCACAUCAGAGAACACACACAGGAGAGAAACCUUAUAGCUGUGCUCAAUGUGGGAAGAGUUUUACUCAUUCAACCGGCCUGAUAUCACACCAGAGAACACACACAGGAGAGAAACCUUAUAGCUGUACUCAGUGUGGGAAGAGUUUUACUCAUUCAACCGGCCUUAUAUCACACCAGAGAACACAUACAGGAGAGAAACCAUAUGGCUGUGUUCAAUGUGGGAAGAGUUUUACUACUUCUAGCAAGCGUACUAGGCAUUAUAGAACACACACAGGAGAGAAGCCUUAUAGCUGUAAUGAAUGUGGGAAGAGGUUUACUACAUCUGGCAGUCUGACUGAACACCAGAAAACACACACAGGAGAGAAACCUUUUAUCUGUACUCGAUGUGGGAAGAGUUUUUCUCAGUCAACCAGCCUGAUAUCACAUCAGAGAACACACACAGGAGAGAAACCUUAUAGCUGUGCUCAAUGUGGGAAGAGUUAUAUUACGUCUAGCAAGCGGACUAAACACCAGAGAACACACACAGGAGAGAAACCUUAUAGCUGUGCUCAAUGUGGGAAGAGUUAUACUACGUCUAGCAAGCGGACGAAACACCAGAAAAAACACACAGGAGAGAAAUCUCAGCUGUGAUCAGUGUGUGACCUUGAUAAAAUACCUCUGAUCAAACAUCAGAAAAUACAUACAUGAAGGAGAUGUUUCAUGAUAUCAAUGAAUUUAUGUCACAAUGUACAAUGUUUUAACAUUGUAGAAGGAGUAUUUUAAUAAUAUCACAAUGUUGAACCCUAAAUGUUAACCCCCUGUUCUAUUGAUUUCAACUUGAUGGGUAUAAUAGCUUCACGGAAAAAUUCAGGCUCUGAUUUGAAAGAGUACUAUUUAUGUGAUUUAACAAAAAUUGACUAACAAAAAAAGAGUUGAGUUACACUUACCAACGUACACUUGAAACAAAAAGCAACACUUCAAAAUGUAGCUAGCUGUUUUCUACAAAUUGUCCUCUAACCAGGGAUGUACACAUUAUUCCCAGAUACCGUGUGGUUUUUGAGCUGUUAGUUUUAACAGGACGUGCAACCUCAUCCUCUCGCAUACUUGAUUUCAACAUGAUAUCAAUGAGUUAUGACAAAUAAGUGUUGUGUUCAUUUGUUUAGCGACCCCUACAUUUAAAUGCAUCACUCUAAAAUGUAGCUGACUGUCUUCUGCAGGUUGUCCUCUAAUCGGCGAGGUAAAAGAUAUCUCCACUUUCCAUGUGUUUUUGUGUGUGUUAGGUUGUACGUGCUGUUGAAACUAUCCCCCCCCCAAUCGAUAUCAGUGAUUUAUUGCGACUUGUCAAAACAUCAGCGUUUCUGUUGCUUUGUUUAUAAAGUGCUUGUUUUAUAAAAUGCAUAAUUAUUUAUGUAACCAAGUGACAAUGUUUUGGGGCUACAAUUAUAUUGACAUUGUUAUCCUGCUUUUAGAAUAUCAGGGUUCAUUCUCAGAUGUGCCAAACCAAAUGUACUAGAGUAUGACAGAAGAAUUAGAAAGAGAGAAAGAAAAAUCUUUGUGAGAAUAAUAAAAAUAAAUAUUGUUUCGAAUUGUUGUUUGCCAGUAGACACUAUGUUUAUAUUGGUGAAGGUGAAGCAUUGUAGUUGAUUAUAAUGUGAAAUGGAAGUUGUUUUCUGUUGUUGGUGAACAUUCUCUUAAGGUGUUCUUCAUCUUUGGUUUUUCCAGUUAUGUUUUGA